AUGCCUGACAAGAAAAAGUCCCCCGUCUACGUCCUUGGCGUGGGCAUGACCAAGUUCAUCAAGCCCCGUGGCAAAGUCGACUACACCGAGCUCGGUUUCGAAGCCGGUAUCAAAGCUCUUCUUGAUGCCCAGAUCAACUAUGAUGAUGUUGACCAAGGUGUUGCAUGCUACUGCUACGGCGACAGCACAUGCGGCCAGCGUGUCUUCUACCAGUUCGGCAUGACCCAAAUUCCCGUCUACAACGUCAACAACAACUGCUCGACAGGUAGCACAGGCCUCAACAUGGCUAGAACCCUUGUUCAGCACGGUGCCGCUGACUGUGUCAUGGUCGUGGGCUUCGAGAAGAUGGCCGCGGGCAGUCUGCAGAGCAACUUUAAGGAUAGAGAGAACCCUACUGGGACGACGAUCAAGAUGAUGGCAGAGACUAGGGGCGUCACUAACGCUCCCGGGGCUGCUCAGAUGUUUGGUAAUGCUGGAAGAGAGUAUAUGGAGAAAUACGGAGCAACGGCUGAGGACUUUGCAGAGAUUGCACGCAUCAACCAUGCCCACUCCCCCAAGAACCCCUACUCUCAGUUCCAACAAGUCUACACCAAGGAACAAGUCCUCCAAUCUCCCAUGAUUCACGAACCCCUCACCAAACUCCAAUGCUGCCCAACUUCAGACGGCGGCGCAGCAGCCAUCAUCGUAUCUGAAGCCUUCCUCAACGCUCGUCCCCAUCUGCGGGAACAGGCUGUCGAGAUCGCAGGCCAGCAUCUCGCAACUGAUGCACCAAGUCUCUUCUCCCAAAGCUCUAUUGAUCUGAUGGGCUAUGAGAUGUCUCAGCGUGCUAUGAAGGAGGCUACUCAACAAGCUGGUAUUUCACCUCGUGAUUGUCAAGUCGUUGAGUUGCAUGAUUGCUUCAGCGCAAAUGAGAUGAUCACCAUCGACGCUCUUGGUCUCUGUGACAAGGGUAAAGCACACGAGCUCGUCCGCUCAGGAGAUAUCACCUACGGAGGAAAAUACGUCAUCAACCCUUCAGGCGGUCUCAUCUCCAAGGGUCAUCCCCUCGGCGCAACAGGCAUUGCGCAAUGCGCUGAGUUGGUCUGGCAUCUUCGAGGCUGGGCCAACAACCGUGCUACGCCCAACACACGAUACUGUCUUCAGCACAAUCUCGGUCUUGGAGGCGCAGCAGUGGUUACUGUUUACAAGCGAGCAGAUGGAGGAGUUGCUCAGGCUGUCAACUCGACCAUGGUUGGUAACAGGAACAAGUUGGGGUAUAAUCCUGCUGUUGAGGCCAAGGGGUUCACGCAGGAGCAGGUUGAUUUGGUGAGGAGCAAGAAGAACAGGAGUGAGUGGGCGUUGCAGGAUGUUGAGAAGAAGGUUGAGGCGAGGUUUUAA